AUGAAAUCACAAAUACCAGGAACGAAUACCAAGGAUGAAGUGAUGAAAUUACGAAGUACUAGAGAUGAAGUUGCAGCUAAUUUUCAAUUAGCAGCUUCAACUGUACAAAGUAUUAUCGAAGUUUUUGAUCAAGAAAAUCGAAUUGCUCUCAAAUCGCAAGGUGGUGACAAAAGAUUUAUUUUAAAUGAACAACAUAAAGAAUUUUUAGAAGCUGCGAUUGAAGAAGAACCAUAG